AUGUCGCCGAAGGCGCGGUCGAGUCCCGCGGAUGACCGGCGCGACCGUCUCACCCUGGCGAAACUGGCCAGCUAUGACGACGUCGCAACGGAUGCGCUGGUUGAUCGAGCCUAUUUUUGGACCAAUAUACGGAAGAACCGGACCAAAUACAUCGCUCUUCGUGGAGUCAGUGAGGAUAGUGUUGCUCACACCCUGCUUCACGAUAUCAUCGUGGAAAAGGACGUCGCCAAGGCUGAGCGUACCCUGCUGCGGAUGUCGGGGUUGAAGAGAUACCUGGCCAAAUUGCCCAACGACCGCGAGAAGGAGUGGUUCCGCCGCCAUCUACGCAAAUACAUCCAAAUGUACCUACCGGACUCGCCCUUUGAGGUCACCACUACCAAUCGCUACACGAUCAUCGAACACGAAGCCGCCAUCUGCGCCCGCAGGUUCAUCAAACAGGGCCAGGAGAUCAAGUACCUCAGCGGAACGCUCGUGCCUAUGACCCGCGAAGAAGAACAAGAACUGGAUCUCAAGCGAAAGGACUUCAGCAUCGUCAUGUCGAGUCGCCGGAAGACGCCGUCUUUCUUUCUCGGUCCCGCCCGCUUCGCCAACCACGACUGUAAUGCCAACGGUCGACUGGUGACCCGGGGCUCGGAGGGCAUGCAAGUUGUCGCCACUCGCGAUAUCUACAUCGGUGAAGAAAUCACAGUUUCUUAUGGUGAAGACUACUUUGGUAUUGAUAACUGUGAAUGCCUUUGCCUGUCAUGCGAACGCGCUGUGCGCAACGGGUGGGCGCCAGUGGUGGACUCGGACCAACCAAGUCAAGCAUCGACCCCCGCCGCAGCCGAAGGUUCCCUCACUCCCAGAAAACGGAAGCGGGCACCCGACUCUGAUGUCGACACCUCUCCAUCCACUCCACGCAAGCGAGGCGCAUUCGUCCGCCAGACCUCAAAAUUAAGAUCAGAGGUCUCACAAGCCGAAGUCGAUUUUGUCGAACUCGCCCAAGAGAACUCCCUCAGCUUGGCUGAUCAUACAAGGCUGACACCACCCGCGCCCAGCGAGGCUGCCGAGGCUGCGGGUGAUCCUGCGGGACCAGAGACCAAAGAGGGCGAGAACCCUCGACCCCACCACGGGACCGACUGUGAAUCGCCCCCAUCUGUCACGGCCGACGACUCUCAGCGUUCGUCGGCCUCCACUGCCCCUACUUCCGUGUGCGAUGGUGGGGUGACUGCGAAGGUAGAGGAGACUAUCGAAACUACCGUCCACGAAAACCCUUCGAUCCCCCCCAAUGAGGUGGCGCAAACUGUGUCAGCCUUGUCCGGAUCCACUCACAACGACCACGAUGUCUUGUCCGACCUCUCCGAACCUCUUGAACUGGAUGAAAAGCUCGGCACUAUGACCGAACGAGUCGGAACUCCCCGGAGAAAGUCCUGUGGGAAAAACGGAGUUGUUCCCUCGGUGGAGGCGGAAUCCCACGGCACGCGGGUCCCCGGAGACUACACCAAGACCUCCCGCUUACUCGCGCAAACGUACGAUCGAUGGGUCGACUGCCAUACGUGCAAUGUCUGGUUCGUCCAGCACAACUCGUACCUGACGCGGAGGGAGUGUCCCCGGUGCGAGCGCCACUCCAUGCUCUACGGCUUCCGGUGGCCCAAAACCGACCCCGAGGGCAACAACGACGACGAGGAGCGCGUGAUGGACCAUCGCACGGUGCAUCGGUUUCUGUAUCCCGAGGAAGAAUCUCGCGUCUCGCGCAAGGACCGCGGCGUCAGCUUCGGCGUCACUCCCACCCCGGAGCUCUCUGACGCGCGCGCCGAAACUGACGACGGUGAGGCGCCUGCCGACCGGCGAAACACGAGAGCGAGCCGCACGCGGACCCGAGCCCUGCGGAUGACCAUGUAA